CAGGUGUUGCGCGCGCGUUGCAGACAGUCCGUGCGUGCAGAGCUCAUGCUGGCGGUGGCCAUGAAGGAGACGUGCGGAAAUUAUUUGGAGAACCAACUGGAAAGGCACUACGGAAUUACUUCUCCCAUUAGUUUGGCACCACCAAGGGAAAUAGAUUAUAUCUAUACGCAGAAAUUGAUUGAAGCCCUGAAGCCUUUUGGUGUAUUUGAAGAGGAGGAAGAGCUGAACUGCAGGUUAGCUGUUCUCAGUAAACUAAAUAACUUGGUUAAAGAGUGGGUUGCAGAAGUUGCUGAAAAUAAGAAUCUGCCAUCUUCAGUCUCAUCCAGAGCUGGUGGCAAAAUAUUCACAUUUGGUUCCUAUCGGCUUGGAGUCCAGACCAAAGGUGCUGACAUAGACACGCUUUGUGUAGCCCCUAGACAUGUAGAAAGAUCAGACUUCUUCCAGUCAUUUUUUGAAAAGUUAAAACUCCAAGAUGGCAUCAGAAAUCUCAGAGCAGUAGAAGAUGCAUAUGUACCAGUAAUCAAGUUUGAAUUUGAUAGUAUUGAGAUUGAUCUCGUGUUUGCAAGAUUACCACUGCCAAGCAUUUCAGAUAGUCUGGACCUUAGAGAUGAUGCACGUCUGAGAAGCCUUGAUAUCAGAUGUAUUCGGAGUUUAAAUGGCUGCAGAGUCACUGAUGAAAUACUUCAUUUGGUACCAAACAAGGAGAACUUCAGGCUGACACUCAGAGCAAUUAAACUGUGGGCUAAACGGCGUGGAAUUUAUUCCAACAUGCUGGGAUUCCUUGGUGGUGUUUCUUGGGCCAUGCUGGUGGCAAGGACCUGUCAGUUGUAUCCAAAUGCUUUGGCAUCAACCCUUGUUCACAGAUUCUUCUUAAUUUUUUCGAAGUGGUAA